UCCAACCUAAUAGUUGAAGGAGGGACUUUGUUAAGCGCAGUGUUGGCGGAAUCUCUAUUUUGAGGGAAGAGGACGUACUGGACUGGAGGGGGAGGGACAAUAAACACUUAUUAUAGGAUUUUCAAAUAUUUGUCUGGAAAGACAUUGGACGAAGACAACCGGAUCAAUAAACAUGACAAAUCCCCUGUACUGGACUAUACUACUCGGCAUGGCGGUCCUGCUGAUGGAGCAAGGGUUGCCUGUCCGCAGUCAAAGCGAUUCUCUACCUGACACCAAAGUGAUGGACAAUAUUACCGUGCGACAAGGAGAAACGUUAUUUCUCAGGUGUGCACAGGGGGACAUUGUCACACAUACAGCAUGGCUAAAUCGGUCAAGUAUACUAUAUGCCGGAGAUGAAAAAUGGUCCGUGGAUCCAAGGGUGAGUUUGGUGACACUUAAUCAAGAAGAGUUUACCAUCAAGAUUGAAAACGUGGACAUGACGGAUGAGGGGCAGUAUGUUUGUGCGGUCCAAACCAGCAGCCGACCAACAACCACCAUAAUACAUGUCCUCGUCCAAGUACCUCCAAAAAUCAUCAAUCUGCCAAGGGACAUUGUGGUAAAUGAAGGCUCUAAUGUCACCCUGAUGUGCCAAGCCGAUGGAAAACCAGAGCCUUUAAUCAGCUGGAAACUCAUCUCAUCUUCAGGGGACCAGGCAACAGAUGAUGAUUACCUGGAAAUCCCAUCUAUCUCCAGACAGAGAGCAGGGACGUAUGAAUGCACAGCUGUCAACAAUAUUGACACAGAUACCCAGACUGUGGACAUCACUGUCAACUAUGCUCCAUCUGUGUCUGACGGAAGAGAUGUUGGCGUUACGCUGGGCCAAAGGGGAGUGUUGGAGUGUGAGGCGGAUGCAGUGCCUGAGGCCGAUUUUGAGUGGUAUAAAGAUGACAGAAGAAUCUCGAAUGGCUUUGACGGUUUGGAAAUUGUGAACACCGGCUCACUAUCCAGACUGACGUUUUUUAAUGUGUCUGAUGGAGACUACGGUAACUACUCUUGUGUUGCUGUCAACAAACUGGGAAGCUCCAAUACUAGCUUCCUUAUGUAUGUGGUAAUCCAGCCCACUAGCUCCACGCUAUUGCAAGGACCGAGAACAGUUCAGGACGGCAGUGGAUCAGCGAUGGGUCUUCACUUACACACCUGCCUCAUCAUCAUCGUGUGUUUACCCUUUUUGUUGAAAUUUUGAGGCGGGAUCAACAAUAUUUGUGGUUGAGUGUACAGUAUGUUAUUUUGGAGAUGUGUUUGUUUUUGUGCUUUUUUCAUUUGCAACCAUAAACUGAUAAGAAAGAGGUCAGGCAGGUCACUUGCUAUGUAAAGAUCUAGACGUUUCAUGUCACUUUAUUUUUUGUUAAUUUAUUUCAAAAACGUGACAUGUUGCGCUUCAGAAAACAUUGUCAGAAACUGACUUUUAAUUGAAUGUGACUGCAUUUUUUGUUCACACUAAAUCCAAAUCGGUCACACUUAAGGUUAUGUUCACACUGCAGGUUAAUUCCGAUUUUCUUUGCCACGUGUAUCUGAUUUUUUUUCAUGUCAGCGUAUUACACAAUAACAACGUAAAAAUGUAAAAUACAUUGUUUUUGGAACGUAACAAGAUCGGAUUCUACAAAAAAAUCAGAUUUAGGCAUCAUACCCUGCAGUGCGAACACAGCCUAAAUCUAGGAAUGGUCAUACAUAAGGUUAUGUUCACACUGCAGUUCAAUUCCGAUUACUUGCCCACAUGUGACAUGUACCGUAAUUUUCGGCCAAUAAUUCGCAUUUUUUUUUCAUAGUUUGGCCAGGAGCGACUUAUGUGUGAAAUUAUUAACACAUUACCGUAAAAUAACAAAUAAUAUUAUUUAGCUCACUCAGGUAAGAGACUAGACGUAUAAGAUUUCAUGGGAUUUAGUGAUUAGGAGUGACAGAUUGUUUGGUAAACGUAUAGCAUGUUCUAUAUGUUAUAGUUAUUUGAAUGACUCUUACCAUAAUAUGUUACGUUAAAAUACCAGGCACGUUCUCUUUGGUUAUUUAUGCGUCAUAUAACAUAUACUAAUUCAGCCUAUUGGUCACUAUUCUUUAUUUAUUUUAAAUUGCCUUUCAAAUAUCUAUUCUUGGUGUUGGGUUUUAUCAAAUAAAUUUCCCCAAAAAAUGCAACUUAUACUCCACUGCGACUUAUAUAUGUUUUUUUCCUUCUUUAUUAUGUAUUUUCGGCAGGUGCGACUUAUACGUUAUCUGAAUUUUUGUGUGUAACGUUUGAGUACAGUCCGAUUUUUUUUCUUCUCAAAUCUGACACAAACAGACACAAAUAUGCAGGAUAUCCAACAACUACAGUCUGAACAAUUGUUCAUCCGACUCAUACGCCAUCAAAAAUCGAAAAACAUCAUCAUUUUUGGCAAAAAUAGAUGAAAUAACAGGCAGAAAUAAUAUUACUGAAGUUAAUAUCCCACCACUCCUGGCUCCGACUGCUCGCACACAAGCUCUUCGGAACACACGUCGAAGCAAAUGUCCCAUAAACCCAAAGAGCCUAAACCCUCUUCCUUGUUAACCUCCUACAUAAAAUAAUUUGGUGAAGAAAAUGUUGACUCCGGUUGUACAAAAUCCUUGAAUUCGCCCCAAAUACGCAAGGAGUGAGAAUUGGUAUUGAAUACUAGAAUUAGAGCCAUGUUUACUUGCGCAUACAAGGUGCAGUCCCAUUCCAAUCAUUCUGUUUGCAUUAUAAAUACAUUUUUGGGAGGAAUGUGAAUGACUGCAUAAAAAGAUCUGAUUCAACAAAUAACCCAAAUUAAGCAUCAUACCCUGCAAUAGGAACGUAGCCUAAAUCCAGGAACGGUCAAACUUAGUCCAUGUUCACAUUGCAGAUCAAUGCAAUUUUGUUUGCCCCUAUGUGACAAGCAUCUGAUAUUUUCAUGUCAAUGUGAAAAGUGCAUUUCUGAUUUUUUUUCAAAUCCGUAUAUGUGGAUUUGAACCACCAUAUGUCAUCAAAAAGUGACAGACAUCACGAUUCUUUGCCAAAAUAGAAGGUUGUGAAAAGAAAUAGUGGACAAUACGCUGUAAAAAGGUCAAUAUAAUGUCUUAGAAGAAAAAAUGUGGUGAACAAAAUGUUGACUGCGGUUGAACAAAUUGGACCCAUGUUUACUUGCGUAAACACCAUACUUGCCAAUCCUCCCGAAUUUUCCGGGAGUCUCCCGAAAUUCAGCGCCUCUCCCGAAAAUCUCCUUGUUUUCAGCCGGAGCUGGAGGCCACGCCCCCUCCAGCUCCAUGCGGACCUGAGUGAGGACGGCCUUUUUUCACGUCUGCUUUCCCACAAUAUAAACAGUGUGCCUGCCCAAUCACGUUAUUCCAUACGAGGCGUCCGGCAUGCCGCUGAUGAGCAUGGUGCAGAUGGAGAAGAUCUCGGCGUCCGUGUUGGCGGACACGUUUAAAGCCGACGCUGGUCAGGCAGCUGAGGGUGAAGUAGAGGGCGGCGAUGUGCGAGCUGCGCACCGACGGGCCGCCGACCCGGUUGUUGAUGUAGGGCAGUGGUCCCCAACCAACGGGGAUUAUUUUUUAAUAAAUCAACAUAAAAAAUACAAGAUACACUUACAAUUAGUGCAACAACCCAAAAAAACUUCCUCCCUCAUUUACACUCAUUAACACAAAAGGGUUGUUUCUUUCUGUUAUUAAUAUUUCUGGUUCCUACAAUAUAUAUCAACACAGUCUGCAAGUGAUACAGUCCGUAAGCACACAUGAUUGUAUUUUUUUAUCAACCUCCGUCGGACAAAAUUUUAAAGCGUUGACUACAGUUACAAAAAGUUUGGGGACCACUGACGUAGGGCAUCUCCAGGCGUUUGCCCAACUCAUGGAGCCAUCCUUGGGGAAGAGACAGGAGGACAACAGGAUGACAUAACUAAAUCAUCCAGACUAGAGAUAAUUUGUAUUAUUAUGUUUAUCUUACCUAAAAAUAAAUAUAUUCAUUAAUUAAAAAAACAAAACAGCUAAAUACAUUGUUAUUAUAUUUUGCUAAAAACAUCAAAAUUAAUUGUAUUUUUAUUUGUAGUUUUUCUUACUCCUUAUUACAUUCAGCCAUAGAAUUAUACAUUGAAAUAAACAUAGUAAUUAAUGAAGUAAUUCAUUUUAAAUGAUCAUAAUAAUUCAUUUAAAAUGACCAUAUUUAAUUAUUAAAAUAAUUGCUUGUUUAUCAACAACUUUAGCAUUUUAUUCAUUACAUUUUGAAGCUCUCAGAAGCCAGAUUAUGUUAUAUUCCUUAAGAUUUAUUUAUGCAAGUUUGAAGUAUCAAUUAUCUAAACACAGUUUUGUUUGCAUAUUUUCAGGAUAUAUAUAUAUAUAUAUAUAUAUAUAUAUAUAUAUAUAUAUAUAUAUAUAUAUAUAUAUAUACGCUGUAUGAAUGAAAUACUUGACUUGGUGAAUUCUAGCUGUAAAUAUACUCCUCCCCGCUUAACCACGCCCCCGGCCCCAACCCCGAAAUUGGAGGUCUCAAGGUUGGCAAGUAUGGUAAACACACUGUCAUGACACAUUUUGGCAUGCGGGUUAUUAUAGGGCCCCAUUCAGUAAAAAAUCAAACAUGUUUUUAAUGUGAAGGACUAUGUAAAAUGAUCAAACAACAAAUCUGAAUAAGACACCUUACCCAACAGUGUAAACAUAACCUAAAUCUAACAAUGGUCAUAAACACAUGACUACAGUAUGUUGACACUGCACUGCAGGUUAAUUACGGUAUUCUCACACCGCAUAUGACCACUAUUUUUUUUUUCAUAUUAAUGUAAGUAGGGCGACUAAAUAGUUUUUUUGUAAUGUGAAUGACUACAUAAAAAAAAAAUCAGAAUUAGCAAAAUAAUCCAAAUUGGGCGUCUUAGUCUGCAGUGUGAAAGUAGUCUAAAGCAAGUCAGUGAUAAACACCUUAAAGUCAACCUUAAACGUUUUUGUGAGAAGAUUAAGAUUACUCCUACAGCUUUAAUAUUAUCAUAUAUUAUCAAUCCAGCCAUCCAUUUUCUACACCUUUUCAUGUAAAAAAAAAAAUUGGUUGAAGAGCCCAGUUAUUUUUUGCAUCUAAAAUCAUUUUAGACUUAUAAUUCUAGUGAUGUUUACUUGUUGUAUUAUACUAAUGUUUAACUGUGUGUGUGUGUGUAUAUAUAUAUAUAUAUAUAUA